GAUCCAUUUGAUGACGUGUCAGACAAGAUAAAGUCACCACUUCACGAGAAACAGAAGUUUUGUUUAAACAGCGGAUUACAAAAGCUAAAAGUUGAUCAUUUUGUUCGCGAGUUGCUAGAAUUCAUUUUGCUUUACCUUAAGCAUGUUCCUGAAGAGCAGUUACACUGGCC